GCGGUGCCUGAAGGUUUCUCUCUGGCGGUCAUGCUCACACUCGCUUUCACAAUGAAGUGUAUGACCAGGGAAGAGAUUUCAGUCCAUGUCUUUGGCCCUUGCAAGAUGAUGGCUAAUGCCUCUGUUGUGUGCACCAACAAGAUCAGUACACUUACACAAAACGAGACAACUGUCAUCGCCGGUUCUCUCGGC